CGACCAGCAUCACGACUUAGAAGAUAUACGAAUAACACCACUACUUAGAGGUCACAUAAACCCACCUCCACAAUGCCAGACCGACAAUACAACCUCACCGUCCUCAUCUCAGGCAAUGGCUCCAACCUGCAAGCCCUCAUCGACGCAUGCGCAUCUGGAGCGCUACCAAACACUCGCAUAACACAUGUCAUAUCAAACCGCAAAGCAGCAUACGGCCUCGAACGCGCUGCCAAAGCCUCAAUACCAACAACAUACCACAACCUCGUUCCAUACAAGAAGAAGCAUCCAGACGCCAUUGACACAGCCCGCGAACAAUACGACGCCGACCUCGCGAAGAUCAUUCUCGACUCGAAGCCACGCCCCGACCUCAUCGUAUGCGCCGGCUGGAUGCACAUUGUCACACCAUCUUUCCUUACUCCCAUCGCCGCCGCUAGCAUCAAAAUCAUAAACCUGCACCCCGCACUUCCUGGCGAAUUCGCCGGAGCAGGGGCGAUCGAGCGGGCGUGGAAAGCUGGAAAAGAGGAGGGACUGAAGAGAACGGGUGUUAUGAUUCACGAGGUGAUUGCCGAGGUGGACGCUGGUGAGCCGAUAUUAACAAAGGAAGUGGAGCUGAGGGAAGGAGAGAGCCUGGAGGCGCUGGAAGAGAGGAUUCAUGCUGUGGAGCAUGGGGCUAUUGUAGAGGGGACAAGGAAGACACUGGAGAAGAUUGGGCGGGGAGAGUGAAGGGGAGAUUAUGGGAUGGAUGUAUGAUACCCAAGAUGUGAAAUGUUAGAAUGAAAAUAUGGCAUGGCAAUUUAGUGACGAAACUCAAUUCCUUUUCGACAUUCUGAGAUUCGCAGUAAAGGAGUUUUUGAGAUUAAGUGCCAAAGAAGCUUCCCGUAUCUGGCAAAAUUCAGCUCGCCUCCUCCAUAGCAAGACUCGUGGUUCGACACUCUGUACAUCUAA